AUGUAUAUCUUCUCAACUUUACUCUGCCUAUGGGUAGCUGGCGCUCACAGUGCAGCCAUAUCGCAAAAUCCUCGGGCGGCCGACCCUGCAUCCACGGAUUUCGAAUCUGUCGUUCUCGACGGGAAACUGCAGCCGCGAGCAGCGGCUGAUGGCUACUGGCUGAACGACCUGUCUGGCAAAGGCAUUGCUCCUUUCAAUCCUAACCCCGCUGGAUACAAGGUUUUCCGAAACGUAUUGGACUAUGGGGCUAAGGGCGAUGGUGUCACUGACGACUCGGACGCGAUCAACCGUGCCAUCAGUGACGGAAACCGCUGUGGCCCAUGGGUAUGCGAUUCUUCGACCGACACUCCUGCUGUCGUAUACAUCCCUUCUGGAACAUAUCUCAUCGCAAAGCCGAUUAUCUUCUACUACAUGACCCAGCUUAUUGGCAACCCUCAAAGCCUACCUACUCUUAAGGCUUCUGCCAACCUUGAAGCUUUAGCCUUGAUCGAUGCUAGCCCUUAUAGCAACCAGAACGGUGAGCCGGGAUGGACCUCCACGAACCUUUUCAUGCGCCAAAUCCGAAACUUGAUCAUUGACGGCACUGCGAGACCCCCGACCGCUGGCUUCCAAGCGAUCCAUUGGCCGGCUUCGCAGGCAACCACAAUCCAGAACGUCAAGAUUCGCAUGACUCAAGCCUCCAACUCUGUCCAUGCCGGUAUCUUUGUGGAGAAUGGUUCUGGAGGCCAUAUGGCUGACCUUGAUAUCCAGGGUGGCCUGUACGGUAUGAACAUCGGUAACCAGCAAUUCACCAUGCGAAACGUCAAGAUCUCCAAGGCUGUCACUGGUAUCUCCCAAAUUUGGAACUGGGGAUGGUUGUACUCUGGUCUGACGAUCAGCGACUGUGGCACCGCCUUCGCUAUGACGAACGGUGCACAGAGCAACAAGCUUGAGGUCGGAUCAGUUGUAAUCAUCGACAGCGAGAUCACCAACUGCCCCACUUUCGUUGAUCAAGCCUGGACCACGAGCACAAAACCCAUCGGCGCUGGACAACUCACCCUGGAGAACAUCAAGCUCAACAAUGUACCAGUCGCAGUCAAAGGGCCUGGUGGCACCACAGUACUUGCUGGUGGAUCCAUCACCAUUGGUACUUGGGGCCAAGGCAACAGAUACACCCCUAGUGGGCCAGAGAAAUUCCAGGGCCCUCUGACGGCAGCGGCGCGGCCUGCGGGUCUUGUAGAAAACGGCAAAUAUUACUCCAAAUCAAAGCCUCAGUAUGAGAGCUUGGGCGUGGGCAGUUUCAUCAGCGCUCGUGGCGCUGGUGCAACAGGAAACGGCGACACUGACGACACUGUUGCAGUGCAGAACGCCAUCAACCGAGCUAUACGGGAGAACAAGGUUCUUUUCUUCGAACAUGGCGUAUAUCGGGUCACCAACACACUCGACUUCCCUCCCGGACUUCGUGCGGUCGGAGAGACAUUCUCAGCCAUCAUGGGCUCUGGUAGUGCGUUCUCAGACCAAAACAAUCCCAGACCCGUGGUUCGAAUUGGUAAAGCUGGAGAAAGCGGAAGUAUCGAGUGGUCAGACAUGCUUGUGCAAACCCAAGGAGGAACCGCCGGUGCCAAGCUUAUUGAAUACAACCUGAGGACCGCCCGUGGCUCAGGUAUCUGGGAUGUUCACACGCGCGUCGGAGGAGCGAAGGGUACAGGACAUCAAGUCGCACAAUGCCCUACCGGUUCCGUUAACCCCCAGUGCUUUGCUGCGCACACCAACGUCCAUGUAACCAGCUCUGCUUCAGGAGCGUACUUUGAGAACAACUGGUUCUGGACGGCAGAUCACGACCUUGACGACUGGAACUCUACCCGCGUCUCCAUCUUCACCGGACGUGGUCUCCUGGUGGAAGGCAGAGGCACUUGGCUAUGGGCCAACGGCGUUGAGCACCACGCCUUAUACCAGUACCAGUUCAGCAAAGCAUCUGACAUCUUUGCCGGCUUCAUCCAAACCGAGACGCCCUACUACAUGCCGAAACCAGACGCACUCAGUCAACCUUACGUUCGCCAAGCCGCCUACAACGACCCCGUCUACGCUGCGGGACAGAGCGCGUACGGCCUCCGCGUCGUGGACUCGAGCAACGUCCUCAUCUACGGCGGCGGCCUCUAUUCCUUCUUCACAAACUACGACGUAUCGUGCAGCUCACCCGACGCGCCCAACGGCCGGCGAAUCUGCCAGAACCGCAUCCUGAGCAUCGAGGGCGCCUCGAGCUUCCAAGCCUUUGCCCUCAGCGAAGUCGGCGUCGAGCAGAUGCUGACCAUCAACGGGCGCGACUACGCCACUUGGUCGGACAACUUGAGCGUCUACCCGAACACGAUUGGGUACAUCAAGUACAACAUCUGA